GCUUGGUGCGCGGGCCAGCCGGAGGGCGCAAGCUCCGGGUUUUCCUAUGCCCUCCCACUCGGUUGCGCGAUAGGUGGAGCUUUCCUACCCGCCAAUACAUGUCCCGGGGAGCGCGUACUCGCGGCUCACAGCACGAGUAGAGCCGCCGCCGUCGCGCCUCAGUCCUUCCACAUCCACACGAAAACGCGCGUCCCACGGUGGUAGCCCACCGUGGUGUGGUAGCCUCUCGGCGCCGGCUCCCCCGCUGCUGUUGCUGUUGCUGCUGCUGUUGCUGCUGCUGCUGCUGCCGCUGCGCGUCGUGCAUCGCUGCGACCAGGUCAGGAGACCCGCGCCGUUGUCGGCGGGCCCAACGACGAGAGAAGAGAUAACGCGCGCGCGCGCGCGAUAAGGCCGCGCAGCUACGCUCGCGUAUUCGCGAGAUCGGCGUCGCUCCGUAUUGCAUCGUAUCGUCGUCGAGUGAAGCCUGCGACGUUAUCAUAUAGGGAUGUAUGGUCAAGAGGAUGAGCAAGAGAGAGAGAGAGGUUGGCCGACAGAUCGAUUAUAAGUGCGCGCGUGUGGUUCGUGUGUGUGUACAUGUGCCGUCGUCACCACCGUCCGCAGCAGUAACGGAAAAGAAGAGGACUCGCGACCCGCAGUGGCCGGAACCGAAAAAUGGACGCGACGCCACGGCGACUCAUCUCCGGUUUGCUUUUGUUCGCCCUCGCCACAUUACACCUCGGUUAUGCCAGAAACGGACCCAAUUAUUACGGCAAACUUAUCGGCACCUUACAAAAUUACGCGCACGGCAUCAAGGGUAAGGUACACGCCGUCGACGAUGCAACGAUAUUCAUCAAAGGAUUCUGCUACGACGGUACCGGGCCGGAUGCUUACUUCUGGGUUGGCAACAGCUCUAUGCCCAGUCCCGAGGGUUACAUUGUACCUUAUCCAGAGACCGACAAAGACAGCGACCCGCAAGUGCUGGGAGCGUACAACUACACAGACAUCAUCCUGAGGUUACCCGGAGGGAAACGCAUACGAGACAUCAAAUGGCUGAGCGUGUGGUGCAGGAGAUUCACGGUCGAUUUCGGCGACGUUUACAUACCGUAUGAUCUGAAAGUACCAAAACUGCAAGUGCUUCCGGAGUUCUCGAGAUUAGCGCACAAUCUCCGUAGCGGCAACGUCAGUAUUCUGGACAGCAAAACCAUCUACAUCCCGAAUUUGCAUUACGAUGGUGGCGGCCCGGACGCUUACUUCUGGGUGGGCAACGGCUCGGAACCCAGCCACUUCGGUAUCAAGGUUCCCAACGAGAUAGGCAGUUUGGCGCCAUUAAGAGGAUACCAAGGAGAGGACAUCGAGAUUGUUUUGCCGGGGAACUUGACGGUGUACGACAUCAACUGGCUUGCGGUUUGGUGCGUUGAGUACAGACACAAUUUCGGCCACGUUCUAAUUCCAAAGGACCUCGACGUACCUCCGGCUCUCGGCCAGACGAAAAUUACGCCGCCAUGGUGGUACAAUCCGACGAGCAGCACACCCACGCCUAAGCAAGUGAGCAACUGCAAGGAGAUGCUGGAGGGCCGUGUUCAGGUGCAGUGGCAGCUGAUGGGCGAGAACGUGCAGAUUAAAGUCUCCGGACGUAUCAGGGAGGACCAAUACGUGGCGUUCGGGCUGUCGGGUCGGGAGGGCAAAGCUGAAAUGAUCGGCGGCGAUGUCGUCGUGAUCGGCUACGACAACAGGACCGGCAAGUUCAUCGCCGAGGAUUACUACAUGUCGGACUUCGCUCAGUGCGACGGCAAGAAGGGCGUGUGUCCGGACAAGAGGAUCGGCGGUAGAAACGACGCGGUGUUCGUGCAUGGCGAACGGAAGAACGGCAUAACGACUGUUACGUAUACGCGUCCGUUGAGUACCAACGAGCCGGUAAAGGACAGGAUGAUCCCGGAAACAGAGACGAGCGUGAUCGCUGCCAUCGGACCCCUGAACGCGAGGGGCGAAGCCAAUGCUCACGAGAGAUUCGAUAAGACCACCGAGGACAUUCGUAUCGAUUUCACAUCGAGGAACGUCCAUGAGUGUACAAAUUCUCUGUACAAUAUUCCAGACUCGUCCGAUCUUAAGCCCUGGACACCGGCUGUUAUCAAUGACAAGGACACCUUCAGUGCCAGAAUCGGCCCGACUGGCGCGAAGAGAGGCUACUCACAAAUAACAGGUUCAUCCUCUUGGGGCAUCGCAUGGUAUAUCAACGACUUGCUGAUCCCGGAGAUCACCGUAGAGAGGGGCCAGACUUAUACCUUUAUCGUGGAGGGUGGAAACGAUCCCAGCAAUCCCGCUAGGUAUCAUCCGUUUUACAUAACCAAUAGUCCGGAGGGUGGCUUCGGACAGAAGAACAAGGAUGAACAAGAGCAGCAGAUGAUAUUCGCCGGUGUGAAGGAAGACUCCAAGGGAUAUCCCUAUCCGACCGCGGCCGGCCGUUACUGCGAGUGGGUGCGUACCACGGUGGACAACGCUGACAACUACGAGACGUUCAACGACUUUUUCAAAACGCUCGAGCUCAAAUGCGACAUGGGUGAACCCGCCAAGCUCGUGUGGACCGUCGAGGAGUCCACACCGAACUUAGUAUACUAUCAGUGUUACACGCACAACAAUCUAGGCUGGAAAAUUCAUGUUGUCGACGCGGGAUACCGGUUGCAGAAGAACGACGUCAGUCAAGUUUUACCUACGUUUGCAAUCCUCCUGACGUCCACGGUCGCAGUCUUUUUAUUCUCAAGAUGAAUAUAUAUUGACAAAUUUCUUUCUUUCAACGCGGAACAAACGACGGAGGAGGACGAAGAUGACGACGAGGAAUACCGGUCGAUUUAAGAUACAGUCAUGAAAAUUAUGACAAUACAAAUACGAUUGUUAAAUCGGCGAAACACGAUACAAGGUUGUACGAAAGUAUUUAGCACGUAAGCUUUACUCAUAAGAUGAAAGAUUAGCAAAAUAUUUUUAAGACCUAUCAGAUUCAAUAUUUCAUAUUAUAUGAUAUAUAUAUAUAAUAUAUAAUAUAUAUAUAUAUAUAUAUACACAUAUGUAUUAUAUACAUAUAUACAGACAUACACGUUUACACAUAUAAACAUAUACACAGGGACAUAAAAUUUCAAUAUUCUUUAAUGAUUAUAAAAUGGAGCUGAAAACAUCUGACAAUAAUGAUACAGAAGAUAUCAGACAAUAAUAAUUGAGAUCAGGACUGGAUAACCAAUGAAAUUUUGACAAUAACGAUGUAGUAUUCUUAUCGAGGGAAAGGAUAAUGUAUAUCUGGGAAUACGCUGAUCAACAUACAGCUAUACGCAUAAAUUUGAUGCAAGGAAACUGAAGUGCAUCAGCGAUACAUGUACAAUGUAAAUUUUGCACAAAGCUAUAGUUGAUCUUAAUGUAACUUUAAAUCGACACGAUAGUACGUAAGAUAUACAUUUAUAAAUGCUGUCGACUUGACAAUAAUACGUAGAAUAGCCAACGAGAGAAAGAGAGAGAAAGAGAGAGAGAAAGAAAGAAAGAAAGAAAGAAAGAAAGAAAGAAAGAAAGAAAAAAAGAAAGAAAGAAAGAAAGAAAGAAAGAAAAAAAGAAAGAAAGAAAGAAAGAAAGAAAGAGAAAAGGAAUGAAAAAAGAAAAUAGAGAGAAGAUCGCCAAUGAAACGAGAGUUAUGUACAAGAAAGUAAUGAAAAA